AACAGAGCCGUGGCAUCGUUUUAGAGAAGGUUAGAGGGUGGGGGUGAAAGUUGACGGAAAGCAAUGCUGUGACUUGACUGGCAGGGUGCUAGCUAAGCUGCAUGUGUGGAGUCUGAGCUGAGGCAUUUCGAUUUAUAUAAAUCUAGUGCACUGUGAGCCUUGGGGAGUUGUACAAAACAUGACAGCCAACGAAGAUCAAGAGAUGGAGCUGGAAGCUCUUCAGUCCAUCUAUGAAGGAGAUGACUGCUUUAAAGAGCUCAGCCCGGUCUCUUUUCAAUACAGGAUAGGAGACCUAGAAGAUGCAAAAGCGUUCCUACUGGAUAUUUCCUGGCCUGAAACAUAUCCAGAAACAUCCCCCAAAAUAUCCCUGGAUGCUUUUUUUAAUAACAGAAUUUGCCCAGAGGUAAAGAAGACCAUUGUCACCAAACUAGAAGAGCAAGUUGAAGCAAAUCUGGGGACUGCCAUGAUGUAUACAUUGUUUGAAUGGGCAAAAGAAAACCAGCAACAGCUUAUGGAAACCCAUCAUCCUGUGAACAAUGCAUUGACUUUGACAUCCAGCAGUGAGAGUGUCAUUAAUGCUAAUUUCAGCUCUUCAAAGAAAAAGGAAAAAAAAGAGCAGUUAACAAAAUCACAAAAGAGGAAGUUAACAGGAAAAACAGAUAACAAGGGUGAGCUUCCCCGUGGCUGGAACUGGGCAGAUGUAAUCAAGCAUGUAAGUUUUACAUUUUUUAUUAUUAUUUUUUAUUUGUAUUGUUAGUUAUGUAUCAACUUUUUUGUAGUGUUAUUCAGCAGGAUAUUAAAUUCUAGUUUAAUGUUUACAAUAGAAAAAGGCCAGUGUGCACCUGUCACAUGAAGCUGUAUGAUUAAUUUACUUUUCACUGAUAUCCAUUAAGCGCAGAGAUGGCAGACAGACUGGAAAUAGUUUCCUAUAGCUGCGCCCUUUCUGUGCAUGUUGGAUAGCUUUGUGUCAGACCUGUUUGCAGUCUGCUGGCUAGAAUAUUAAGAACAGCGUUAUCAGAAACAUAGGCUUUCACUUACUAUAUGAUAAAGCAUGACAUGUUUAUUAUUAUUAUUAUUAUUAUUAUUAUUAUUAUUAUUAUUAUUAUUAUUAUUUGUUUAUUUAGCAGACGCCUUUACCCAAGGUGACUUACAGAGACUAGGGUGUGUGAACUAUGCAUCAGCUGCAGAGUCACUUACAAUUACAUCUCACCCGAAAGACGGAGCACAAGGAGGUUAAGUGACUUGCUCAGGGUCACACAAUGAGUCAGUGGCUGAGGUGGGAUUUGAACCGGGGACCUCCUGGUUACAAGCCCAUUUCUUUAACCACUGGACCACACAGCCUCCAAUGCUUUUUACUCCUGGGUGCAAUUUGUACCAUGUGUUAAGAAAGGAAAAAAACAAUGUUAAUAGGCUAGGAAUAUGAGUUAAUUGCACUCCUGAGGACAAGAUAACAGCCUUUGUUGUGUAUUAUUUCCCUUUCACAAAAAAGGGUCAAAUUGCAUCAUGAAGCAAAAAGCUGUGAUACAAAUGCCCAGGUGUAUCUUUACACAUGUGUAGUUUGUGCUAUUUUCAUAGAGAUUUCAAACUGUUUAAGGAGUGCCAAACAAGGUUUUAAAAUCAAUUUUCCUAAAUCAUUAUUGCUGGCUCCCCUCCCUGUGUCUUGUGUUGGAAGCCUUUUACUUCUGAAUUUAAUUUGGCGGUGUUCAGGGAUUUCAAAUGCAAUAUUGUACAUGAAAAAUGUUUGCUGCUUCCUGGUAACUAAUAACUUGAUGUGUUGUAGUUUAUACUCACUCCAGUGGUCUAGCUGCAAUCACGCUGUCUGUGUGUAUUCAAAAUGCUUGCAUAUCCUGAAUUACCAUCACAAUAUAAGGGGGUAGUCUUGAGAAAGUUGGUUAACCCUUUAGACUCCAGAAUUUUAAAGCAACAACAAUCUUAUAAUGUUUUUUUUUUUUCUUUGCAAAGCUAAGCAAAACAGGUGGUAAAGAUGACGAUUAGCAGACUCCGGACUGUGAAGUGGAUUUCUUAAUGUUUUAAAAUAAAGUGCAAUGACCAGACAGGACCUCAGAUCUGUUCUAUACAGUGCUGCUUGACUUUAGCUUGACUCUUCCCAGUAUUUAAAAGAGAAGUUAAUAACAAAGCAAGUUUUCUAAUGAAAUGCUCAAUUUUUACAAAUCAACUUUACAUUGCCAAAUUGAAAUAUGUUUUACAGAAAGUUCCCUGUUCAUUGAUUUGUUUCUGUUAGGAUUUCCAUAUCCUGUCAUUCAUGUCCAUGUUACCAGAACAUAACCUUGAUAAACUAUUUUACUGUCAAUGCAAACAUGUAACCAACUACAAAUUGUAAGUUAUGUAUCUAAAUUCUGCCAGUUGUUAUACAGUAAACUUGUUACCUCUGUUGUUCA